CGAAUGUCUGAGGCAAGCAAGUGCUUUUUUUAAACUCUUCAGUCAACAAACAAAAGAAACUGUGCAAUCGAACUACAAAAUCUCCAAUUGCAUAACUUUAAAAGCAGCUUUUGUCACAGAUGGAGCAGCAAAAAAACCAGAUCAACCUGUUUGGUUAGUCAAGUAGCAUUUUCAGUGCGUCAGAAGAAAACCCACCGGAUAUCUAAACCAGUUUCCUGAACCAUCAGGACAGAGUCAGAUACGGAGAGCAGCCACAGUCUUUGAGUCCUUCACUCGCUUAGGAAUUCCACUUGUACUGGAACUUUCUCCAACAUCACUGCCGUCCCGUACACAAAGUCUUGCAGCAGCAGCUGUUAUCGAGCUCCAGAUGAGUGACUGUGAGGAAGAGGAGAACAGGGCAGAGUCUUCAGUCUCCAGUUGUCUAUCCCUAAAGAGUGAUCGGUCCAAAGAAAUUCCUCUCCACUUCAGUAAUGACCCUGGACCCUCAGACACAAAUGAGAAGAAGAGGAGUGAUGAGGAGGACCAGCUGUCCUGCUGUGCUUUGUGUCAGGACGUCCUGAAGGAUCCAGUCUCUACCAGCUGUGGACACUGGUUCUGCGGAUCGUGCAUCAGCUCAUAUUUGGACCAGUCUGCCUCAUCAGGAGACUCCUCCUGUCCUCAGUGUAAACAAAGAUCCAGAACCAGACCUGGACUGCAGACAACCGGUCAGAUCUGCACUGAACAAGCAGAUAGUGGUCUGCAGGAGGUUUUAGAUGACCAUAAGAUCAGUCUGAGGAGGAGAUGUGAAUGUGUGACUGAAGGAACUGAUGAGACAGGAAGUGGAACCCUCCUCAACAAGAUCUACACUGAGCUCUACAUCACAGACGGACAGAGUGAAGAGGUUAGUACCCAACAUGAGGUGAGGCAGCUGGAGACAGCUUCCAAGAAGAAGACCAUCCAUGACGUUCCAAUCAAGUGCCAGGACAUCUUUAAAGCCUUACCUGACCAACAGGGACACAUCAGAGUCGUUCUGACUAACGGCAUCGCUGGCAUUGGAAAAACCUUCUUGGUGCAGAAGUUCAGUCUGGACUGGGCAGAGGGUUUGGAAAACCAAGAUGUCAGUGUGGUGAUUCCGCUUUCAUUCAGGGAGCUGAACUUGAUCAGAGAUGAGCAGUUCAGUCUUCUGGAGCUGCUCCAUGUUUUCCAUCCAACAUUACAGAAGGUCACAGCAGAGAAGCUUGCUGUCUGUAAACUUCUGUUCAUCUUUGAUGGCCUGGAUGAAAGCAGACUUUCACUGGAUCUCAACAACAAGGAGAUUGUGUCGGAUGUCACACAGAAGUCAUCAGUCAAUGUGCUGUUGACAAACCUCAUCCAGGGGAAUCUGCUUCCCUUGGCUCUCGUCUGGAUAACUUCCCGACCUGCAGCGGCCAAUCAGAUCCCUCCUGCGUUUGUUGACAGGGUAACAGAAGUACGAGGCUUCACCGACCCCCAGAAGGAGGAGUACUUCAAGAGGAGGGUCAGUGAUGAAGAGCAGUCCAGCAGAAUCAUCUCACACAUCCGGACAUCCAGGAGCCUCCACAUCAUGUGUAAAGUUCCUGUAUUCUGCUGGAUCACUGCUGCAGUUCUGGACCACAUGUUGACUACAGAUCAAAGAGGAGAGCUGCCCAAGACCCUGACUGACCUGUACUCACACUUCCUGCUGGUUCUGACAAAGAAGAAGAAGCAGAAGUAUGAUAAGAGACAUAAGACGAGUCCACACAAGCUGACAAAGGCUGACAUAAAGAUUCUUCUGAAGCUGGGGAGGCUGGCGUUUGAACAGCUGCAGAAAGGAAACAUUAUGUUCUACCAAGAAGACUUGGAGCGAUGUGGUCUCCGUGUCACAGAGGCCUUGGUGUACUCAGGAGUUUGCACAGAGAUCUUAAAAAGAGAGAGUUUGAUCUUCCAGAAAACAGUCUACUGCUUCGUUCAUCUGAGCAUUCAAGAGUUUCUGGCUGCAGUCUACAUGUUCCACUGUUACACCACCAGGAACACAGAGGUACUGAAAGCUUUUCUGGGGAAAGACUGGGGGUCAUCCCCCGAUGUCUUCCUGAGGAGAGCCAUGGAGAUAUCCCUUGAAAGUAAAAAUGGCCACCUGGACUUGUUUGUUCGCUUCCUUCAUGGCCUCUCUCUGGAGUCCAACCAGAGACUAUUGGGAGGCCUGCUGGGUCCAACAAAGAACAGUCCAAAAAUAAUCCAUAAGACCAUCAAAAACCUUAGGGAGAUGAACACCAAAAUCUCUCCUGACAGAAGCAUCAACAUCUUCCACUGUCUGCUGGAGAUGAAAGACCUCUCAGUACAUCAGGAGAUCCAAGAGUUCCUGAAGUCAGAGAACAGAUCAGAGAAGGAACUCUCUGUGAUCCACUGCUCAGCUCUGGCCUACGUGCUGCAGAUGUCAGAGGAAGUUCUGGAUGAGUUGAACCUGCAGAAGUACAACACAUCAGAGGAGGGACGACAGAGACUGAUUCCAGCUGUGAGGAACUGCAGGAAAGCUCAACUUUCUGACUGUGGAAUCUCAAAGGCUCACUGUGAAGUUGUGGCCUCAGCUCUGAAGUCCAACCCCUCCUAUCUGAAAGAGCUAGAGCUGAGUCAAAACAUCCUGCAGGAUUCAGGAGUGAAGCUUCUGUCUGUUGGACUGGAGGGUCCAACCUGCAGACUGGAGACUCUGAGAUUGAGGUACUGCAGUUUGUCAGAGAACAGCUGUGCAUCUCUGGCCUCAGCUCUGAAGUCCAACCCUUCCCAUCUGAGAGAGCUGGAGCUGAGUGAAAACAAGCUGCAGGACUCAGGAGUGAAGCUGUUGUGUGAUUUUCUGCAGAGUCCAAAAUGCAGACUGGAGACACUGAGAUUGACUUUCUGCAGUUUGUCAGAGAUCAGCUGUGCUUCUCUGGCCUCCGCUCUGAAGUCCAACCCGUCCUAUCUGAGAGUGCUAGACCUGAGUGAAAACAAACUGCAGGAUUCAGGAGUGAAGCUGCUGUGUGAUUUUCUGCAGAGUCCAAAAUGCAGACUGGAGACUCUGAGAUUGAGGGGCUGCAGUUUGUCAGAGAUCAGCUGUGCUUCUCUGGCCUCGGCUCUGAAGUCCAACCCCUCCCAUCUGAGAGUCCUUGAGCUGAGUGGAAACAACUUGCAUGAUCCAGACAUGAAGCUGCUGUGUGAUUUUCUGGAAAGUCCAAACAGCAAACUGGAGACUCUGAGGUUAUGUUGCUCCAGUUUGUCAGAGAACAGCUGUGCUUCCCUGGCCUCAGCUCUGAAGUCCAACCCCUCCCAUCUGAGAGAGCUGAAACUGAGCUACAACGAGCUGAAGGAUUCAGGAGUGAAGUUGCUGUGUGAUUUUCUGCAGAGUCCUAACUGCAGACUGGAGACUCUGAGAUUGAGGUACUGCAGGUUGUCAGAGAUCAGCUGUGCUUCUCUGGCCUCAGCUCUGAAGUCCAACCCCUCCCAUCUGAGAGAGCUGGAGCUGAGUGAAAAUGAACUGCAGGAUUCAGGAGUGAAGCUGCUGUGUGAUCUGAAGGAGAGUCCACAAUGCAGACUGGAGACUCUGAGCUGGUUGUGAUCUCUGGUAAAGUCCAGUCCACAAUCCUCCCUGUGUGUUCCCCUGGAUAUGACAGAGUAUCAUCAGAGUAUCUGGACUGCUGUGCUGCUGCUCUGUCCUUCUACACAGUCUCUGCAAACACACUGAGACUCCUCAAGACUCACAUACCUCAUCCACCUGAACCUCCACCUGGACAGGAGGAUAAAACUGUAAAAACUAAAUAGUGAAUUAAAUCAAGGCUUCACUGAAGUCUACCAACUGAAACAGGAUUCCGUAAAUGCAGCUUUGGUUUAACUGGUGAUCAGCAAAAUAUUUAUAUGAAAGUGCUCAAACAUAAGUAACAUAAUUACUGCAAGACUUUGAUCUCUUUUAAUAUUUGUAUUGCAGUUUGUAUUAUUGCAGGAAAAUAAAAGCACAAUUCCUGAUAUUUGGAUCCAGUUUUAAUUGUAGUGUUAUGUAACUGAGGUAAUUCUGAAUUAUCCUUACAUUAUAUCCCUGGCAUUGUAGAGAGUUAAUGAAAGCACCAUUAACCAUUAUGGGAAUGAGAGUUGAAAACAUAUGAAAAG